AUGCAAAUCUUUGUAAAGACACUUACAGGAAAAGUAAUAACACUCGAGGUUGAGCCAUCGGACACCAUUGACAGCAUAAAGGCUAAGAUACAGGAUAAAGAGGGCAUUCCACCGGAUCAGCAACGUCUCAUAUUUGCAGGAAAACAAUUGGAAGACGGUCGUACACUUUCUGACUACAACAUCCAGAAGGAGUCUACUCUCCAUCUUGUUUUGAGACUGAGAGGAGGAAAGAAAAAGAAAAAGAAGGAGUACACAACACCCAAGAAAGUCUAG